CGCAAUGUUGUCCAGCACCCUGCGCUCCGCUGCUCGGCGGGUGGGGUCUGCUCGCCGCCAUGUCUCGACAAAAGUGAUCCCGAAGGCACCAAAACCCAGCUCUACGGACAUCCCAUCGCACACGACGCUCCCGCCAGCCAAGAUGCGCGCUCUCAUCUCGCUGUACCAUCAGGCGGAGAACUUCAUCACGCCCGAAAACCUCUCGGCGCAGAUCGACGAGGUAUUCGUGUACAGGCCGCAGCGCAGUGCCAUGUCGGCCGAGCGCGAGACGCUGCUGAAGGACCUGCGGUCGGAGCUCCUGGAGCGGCGGACGCUCCCGAAGAUGGGCGAGGGCAAGAGCGUGUAUUCCUCCGUGAGGCAGCAGCAACAGCAGAGCGAGAGGGAGAGCUGGAGCCGCGCGAAGAGCACGCGCGAAACAAGGGUCAUGCACGCGCUGUAUGGUACGGAGGAUGCCGGCAAACCAGGGUUGGAGAUCUUGGAAGAAGAGGAGGAGCGGAUACAGGCUCACAUCAGGAGAGACAGGGAGCAGCGACAGCAGCAGCCGCGAUAGGUACGUUCCUAUUCUGGUUCUAUACU